AGCGAUGACAUCUAUAAUUAUCAUCCAUCGAACAAAAAAUGGAAAAACAAGGCAAAGUCAUUGGUAAAGAGAUUGUCUAGUCGGAAUCCGAAAUCGCAAAGGGCCCACGAAGGGGUCACGUCUGUAAAUAAUAGUGAAGGCGCGGGGAUCACAAUUAUCGACGUCUUUAGCAAUGUGUUGUUGUCUGCGAUAGUCGCUCAGGGCAUACGAUAUUAUCGGGACAUUUGUUUUACUUAUCGUUACUUUGAUGCUAUUAUUUUAGACGGCAGCGAAGAGGAUUUAACCGUUGGAUGGACCCUGAUAGAUCGAGACGAAUUCGACGAAUUCGAAACAUCAUCGCCAAAUCAAGGCACGAGUUUGGCCACGAGAAUCGGUGUGGCCGGUCCUUCGGCAACUGGUGGUGGCACCGGACCGAACACAGAUGAAGAAUUGGAUCAAU